AUGAAUCCGGGUAGCAAUCACGACGAAGAGAUUCCUGCCCAUUUGCAAAAGGAUUUAUUGUUUAGUGAAAAAUUCACACUGGACCGUCGUACUUGCGUGGUGUACGCCGUCACCAAGGAUUGCCGGUUGCUGGAAUUGCAGCGCAAGGACAUCAACGGAUCCGUUUCGCUAGGAGUCGUGUUCAAUAAGGCAUCAGAACCAACGGCCAAUAGCCUGUUUUUUGACGACACAUCACUGUCGCAGGAUGUUGAUAUGCUUGUGGAGUCCGAAACCAUGGAAAGCCAAAAGAAGCGGCACGUUUGUGUGAAAAUUUAUCGGGCCAACGAUGGAGCGUGCAGGAAAGUGUUCAUUCUGGUACAGCUGGACCGGCAGCUGAUCGUUGUCGAAAGACGUCCUCCGAAGGAAGGAACCGGUCGGAUUGCGUAUGGUUCGCUCGUUGUUCACUCGCGAUACGACGAGUUGCGCCAGUUUACUUUCGUGGAUCACCCUAACCGCGGCGGAUCGUGUGCCCUACAGAUAGAGGUUCAUGGCCGCGACGAGCCGAUUGUGACCGAUUUUCUGAGCCCCGCUCAGCCAGUGGCCGAAGUAGAAGCUUCCUUUGCAAACAACUUUGCCUGUUUCGAUGAAGUGUUGAAAGCUGUCCAGCAACAGACCGGCGAGCGGAGGGCACAGCUCGAGUGUUUUCGCCAUUCCGUCGGCCAGCUGUUCAACGACGCCAACCAGAACCUGAAAAUGGUUCCUCCGUUGUUGCGCUCGUAUCUGCCCGAGGAAAAAGUCCCGCUCGUGCGUUACGGGGAAGUCUGGCGCAGGAUUCACAACGAUCGGCUGGUAAUCGGCGUGCCGCUGUACAAUAGGACGUUCAAGAGGCGAUUAGCACUGACCAAUCUUGCACUUGUGAUAGUGAAUAGCGCACUCAAGCAGAUGGAAUACACCACCCGGUUUUAUCGGUUACGAGAUGAUGAUUUUGAUUUUAAAUCGUAUGAUGAAAUCAUGAUAAUGGAAGACGCAACUGAAGGUCCACUAAACUUCGCGCAGGAGUGGACAGUUGAUAAGCGCAACGUGCUGAUGGCGGAGGAAACGGCUAUGUUUCUGGCGUGCUUCGAAUUAUCCGCUCUGUUCCUGCAGAGUGAAGAUGUGUGCCUCAAAUGCUACGUUCGGUACACGGUUGCACCUGUCCAAUCGGAGAGUGCUGAGCUACAACUAAAUGUAGGAACGAUAGCUAUGCCCCGAACGGAGCUGUACAGCUCCGAUCUUUGGAUUAAAUUUAAAAACGGCGAGCUAUAUUGCGAUUUGCUGGCAAUCACAUGCACUUCGGAAUACCUGUCAUUGAACGUAACGUACAAGUGUGAACCCAUUGCUGUAGAAUUGAGAGAGUUCUUUGUCGGUAGAUUAGGCUUCAGGGAGGUAUUAUCGACCGUCGGAGGUCGAAUCGUGCUGUACUGCGGAAACGGAACGUACUGGCAGGACACUUUGAUAAGAUUGGACCGAUUGGUUUUGGAUUUGGACCGAUUGGAACGACGAAUAAAGCUGAAACUGUAUUGCAGAUACCCUCAUCAAAUGCCAACGUUGAUACAAUCGAUUUAUGCUGAUUAUGAGGAGAGCUGUUCGAUCGAAAUUUGCGCUACCGGUGAAAAUGCGACAGCGCUGGAUUUAAAACAACACCUUUUGAAGGAAUUGCGGACCAAGAUUGAAAAGCCAUCGGACCGAGACGAAGUACUCCAGCGAGAGUUUUGCACUGAUAUGAUUUAUUGCGCUUUACCAAGAAUAACUCAAAAUGCGCCAAAUGGUGUCGCUAGUUAUUGCCCCCAAUAA